AUGGCCGUUGACGCAAUGGACCUCGAUACCUCGCCCACAGCGCCCACAGACGUGGAGCGCAAGCGCAAGAGCAAGACCAAAGACGCAUCUUCCCCAACGAAGAAGCGCAAGCAGACCGAAGUGAACGGCGACAAGACUUCCAGAAGCAAGAAUGAUAAGUCCAGCACGAAGACUGCUCCCGUCACUACAGCCGAGAAUGCCGACUCCCCCUUCUCGCUCGUCACCGCAACGAUGUACUUGCCACUAUCGCCCAUUUCUAUCUCGUCUCUCCACGCACAAUCCUCGAUGCUUGCAGAGCAUCUCUCGCCGCUCCUGCUGACCUACUACCCUCCUCUUAAGGGCAUCAUUCUGGCCUACUCGCAAGCAUCAAUCUCCAGCCGUCCGCCUACCUCUCCGGCCCGUGACUCGACCAAUCCAAACCCCAAGCCGCUGACCAUGGCCAAGUCCGCCGACGAGUACGGCGUGCUGUACGUCUACCUGACGGCGACGUUCCUUGUGUUCCGGCCGCAGCGCGGCCAGACCCUCGAGGGCUGGGUGAACGUCCAGUCGGAGGGCUUCUUGGGUGCUGUGGUAUUCAACCUGUUCUCCGUCGGCAUCGAGAGCAAGCGACUGCCCGCUGACUGGCGGUGGGUGCCGCCUGGCGAGGAGGGCGAGGCGGACGCUGACACCGACGCAGCGGCCACUACAGACAACGACGAGCCCGGGGCUGGAUCCGUGCCGCCGGGCUUCGAUGCGGCCAAGGAGCAUUUCCAGCCGGCGGCGCUGGCGGCCGACGAGCUCGACAUCGAGGGCGGCGAAGAGGAGGACGAGAGCUCGAGCGGCCACUUCCAGUCUGUCUCGGGCCACCGGGUGCGCGGCAAUGUGCGCUUCCGGGUCGUCGAUAUCGAUGUCAUUCCGGGCUCCGAGCGGGACCGCGGCUUCCUGAGCAUCGAGGGCACAAUGCUUGACGCCGACGCCGAGGAGAAGCUCUUGCAGGCGGAGCAGCAGGGACAGGCGCUGCCGCCGUCGUUCCACGCCUCCCCACGAAAGUCAAACCGCGUGGUGCCGAUCUCAACGGGGCCCGAGCUGGUCUCAGUUGUGGAGAUUGAUGCGCCUGCAAACGGAGAUGUUGAUGAGGCGGAGCUAGAGGAGCCCGUGAAGAAAGAAAAGAAGGAGAAGAAAGAGAAGAAGGCCAAGUCCUCUUCCUCUUCUAAGUCCAAGAAAGACAAGAAGAAGAACGAGAAAUAA